AUGCGCUCUCUACUCCUGCAUCCGCUCACUCGGCUGCGGGCGCCCACCGCCUCAGCAUCACGCGGCGGCGGCGUCCGCAGCGACCUCGGAGUCCUGCUCUCGCCAGAGACGACUCUCGAGCCGCUCAACGCAGCGACCGCGCCGUGGCUACGCGCUGUGGUGUGGACCGACUUCCGGCUCGCGGUCAGCCUCUUUGUCGUGGCGCCACUCGCGAUACUGGGCUGGUCCGCCUACGCAUGCCGACCGUCCGCGCUCGGUGGCUGCGGGGGCAGGUCGCAGGCGGCUGAGGCGACUCUGCGAAUCAUGACCAGCUACUGGCAGGCGUCGUCACUGCUGCUCGUUACGGUGGCCUUCAACAUCCAGCAGAGCCAGCUGGGUGUCCCGACGGGGCUGGUCGCCCAGGCAAUGAUACUCGUGAGCCUAUGCUGGUGGUCUGAUCUCGACGAGGAGGUGAGGUCGGCCGAGCCCUCCGCGUUGCGCGCCGCCUUCUUGGGAUGGCGGGCGCUGGCGUGCGUGGCUGCUGCGGGCGGCGUGCUCGUGCAGGCGCCAUUCCAGCCGUGCCUCGCCCUUCCUGCUCUCGCGUCCGACGCGAGCUGCGCUGCUUGGCUCGAGCCGCCGCUCUUCGCCGCCAGCCUCGUGGGCCUCACGCCCUCGCCGGAGCUCGGCAGGCUCGCCGACGGCUUUUGUGCGCUCUACUUUGCCGUCCUGGCCUACUACGGCGCGGUGAUCCUGCCACGGGUCGGCCGACGCGGGCGAGCGCCGCGGCCGCGCCUCAUGAACGUGGGAUCACCCAUCGGGGCGUGGCGCAUGCUGGGCUUCAUAAGCGAGCAAGAUGUGGAGUGA